AUGGUUACUAUGAAGAAUAGUGGAAAGCACAAGCGAGUUCGUAUAGAUGAUUUCUUGGACCCAGGAGAUGGAUACGAUACACAAGAUUCAUUUAUCGAUGAUUCCGAAGCUGAAUCAAAUAAUAAUCAAAAAAAUGGGGAUAACCCUUUCGCAUCCAAUGAAGCUGCAGAAGAAAAAAAGCUUUCUGACCUAGCUAAGGCACUCGAGAGGAAAUAUGGGACUAUGGUUACUAUGAAGAAUAGUGGAAAGCACAAGCGAGUUCGUAUAGAUGAUUUCUUGGACCCAGGAGAUGGAUACGAUACACAAGAUUCAUUUAUCGAUGAUUCCGAAGCUAUUGAUGUAUUUGUGGCCCCGAACAUUUCUACUAAGUUUGGAGGAUAUUUUGUACAUCAAGGAACUGUUGAAGGACUUGAAGAUCAGAGUGCGAAAAUUGAGGCCCCUUGGAGUGCAAGGAUAUUGGAAUCAAAUAAUAAUCAAAAAAAUGGGGAUAACCCUUUCGCAUCCAAUGAAGCUGCAGAAGAAAAAAAGCUUUCUGACCUAGCUAAGGCACUCGAGAGGAAAUAUGGGACUAUGGUUACUAUGAAGAAUAGUGGAAAGCACAAGCGAGUUCGUAUAGAUGAUUUCUUGGACCCAGGAGAUGGAUACGAUACACAAGAUUCAUUUAUCGAUGAUUCCGAAGCUGUAGGGUCCCUUCACAUUUUCUAUUGUAAUAUGCAGAUUGAUGUAUUUGUGGCCCCGAACAUUUCUACUAAGUUUGGAGGAUAUUUUGUACAUCAAGGAACUGUUGAAGGACUUGAAGAUCAGAGUGCGAAAAUUGAGGCCCCUUGGAGUGCAAGGAUAUUGGUUUGUGUAAAUGAAACUGAUUCCAUUAUCCGAUAG